AUGGUGGCCGUGGCGGUGCUUGUUCCCUGGCUAGCAUGGCUCCUCGUCUCCUUGCUCUCCCUCUACCUCCUCAACCUCCUCAACCACGCGCGCUCCGGCCUCCCGCCGGGGCCGCGCCCGCUGCCGCUCAUCGGCAGCCUCCACCUCCUCGGCGACAGGCCACACCGCUCCCUGGCCCGCCUGGCCAGGACCCACGGCGCCCCGCUCAUGUCCCUCCGCCUCGGCGCGGUCACCACGGUGGUCGCCUCCUCUCCCGCCAUGGCCCGUGAGUUCCUGCAGCGGCACGACGCCACGUUCGCCACCCGGUCCGUUCCCGACGCCACCGGCAUGCACGCGGCGGGCUCCGUCCCCUGGCUGCCCCCGGCGCCGCGGUAG